AUGCCUCAUGGCCAAUCCGUGUCUCCCAACUUUGGGCCUAUGCCUCCACAGCAGCAACCUCUACGGCCUCUGCCACCUAGGUCAAACUUUGCUCCGAUGAUGCCAGGUCCUCAGAGACCAUCGCUAAUCACAAACCAACCCCAAUCCAAUGGCCUAUCCAAUGCCUCUACCGUGGGUAACAGCGGUAGCGGAAUAACGCAAAGCAGUGGUCCAACCUCGUACUAUCAGACUCAAUUCACGGACCACAUGAAGCAGGAGUACGAGGAACAAGCCGACUCAUACGAUCACGACGAGCCAAGCGAUCAGUCUGCUGGCCCUGGACCAUUCCCCCAGCAGAACUUUCCCGCCACGAACAACAUGCCACCCCCAAUGGCUCCUUCUCAGAAUCCUUCGUUUACGACGCCAACUUCGCUGGCACCCAACGAUGGCGCGCAUGUCUUCAACAAUAUGAACAACCAACUUUUCGAUCCCUACGACCCGAUGUUGGACGCCGACCCAUUUGGGCUGUCGGCCUCGAUGCACUUCCCAACCAUGUACGAGUCUAGAUGA